GUGCAAUGAAUGGAUUCAAGGCAGGCACGCACGCGUACUAGUCUUGCUAGCAUUAACUCGCCCCAUGUGACCCAUCUUCUUUCUUGCCGGCCGGUGACCGUCAUAUCUGCACCGAAAGCCAUGCAUAAAUAUAUCCCCCAGCAUAACGGACACCGCCACAACACUAGCUCUCUCCACUGCACACGCAGCUCGGUCAGGAUUGAUCAUUCUAGCCAGUCAGAUCGAUCGAUGGGCGUCACAAGAUGUUUGCAGCGUAGCAGCAGAAGCUUGUUCUUGUUGAUGCUGCUGGUGGCAGCGGCGAUCAGUUCAGUUUCUAGCCGAGAUGCUGCCAUAGCUGCUAGUUCUAGUAGUGCGAGCCCGAAGAAGAAGAAGCCAAAGGUGCCGGCGCUGGUGGUGUUCGGCGACUCCAUCGUGGACCCUGGCAACAACAACGACAUCAACACCAUCGUCAAGGCCAACUUCCGCCCCUACGGCAAAGACUUCGGCAGAGACCAUCGCCCCACUGGCCGUUUCUGCAACGGCAGGAUCCCAACCGACUUCAUUGCUUCGAGGCUGGGCCUCAAGGAGCUGCUGCCGGCGUACCUGACACCCAACCUGACAAACCAAGACAUCCUGACGGGGGUCAGCUUCGCCUCAGGAGGCACGGGCUACGACCCGCUCACCGCGCAGCUCGCCACCGUCAUCUCCAUGACGGACCAGCUCCGGAUGUUCGAGGACUACAAGCAGAAAGUCCGCGCCGCCGGCGGGGACGCGGCCCUGGCCACCAUGCUGUCCGACGGCGUGUUCGCGGUGUGCGCCGGCAGCGACGACGUGGCCAACACCUACUUCACCAUGCGCGCCCGGAGCGACUACGACCACGCCUCCUACGCUGCCCUCAUGGUCGACCACGCCACAUCCUUCCUCGACGGUCUCCUCGCCGCCGGCGCCCGCCGCGUCGCAGUCAUCAGUGUGCCGCCCAUCGGUUGCGUGCCCUCGCAGCGCACGCUCUCCGGCGGCAUGGCCAGAGACUGCUCGCAGGGACACAACGAGGUGGCCACCAUGGUCAAUGCUGGGAUGACCAAGAGCAUGGACACCCUGAAAGCCAAGCACCCCGGGGCUAAGCUCGUGCUCAUGGACAUCUAUGGCUUCUUGCUCGACAUGAUGAUGAGGCCCCAGAGCUAUGGCUUCAAGGAGUCCACGCUGGGUUGCUGCGGGACGGGGAUGAUGGAGGUCUCCGUGCUCUGCAAUGGAGUCACCUCCGCUGUCUGUGGGGAGGUCAAGGAUUAUCUCUUCUGGGAUAGCUAUCACCCCACGGAGAAGGCCUACAAGAUCCUCGUCGACUUCGUCUACGACAACUAUCUCAACCAGAUCAUCAACUAGAGAUAGCUUCGUUUUAGCUACGUAUGCAUAUGCAUCCCAUCGGUCCAUCCAUAUAUCUAGUUUUUUCUCUCGUUCCUUUGUUUAUUUUGUCACAAUAAUUAAGUACUUAUUAUAUUAAGCUAGAUUGGUUUGCCAUACGAAUGCAUGCUAUCGGUAUCAAUUAUA